GGGAGCAAAAAACUCCGCCCUGUUUGAGAAUGAGUGCGCCCGACUACCUGCAGUGCUCCGAGGACCACCAGUCCCUCCUUGUAGUGGUCCAGCCUGUGGGGAUAAUUAAGAAUGAAAACUUCUUCAAGAUCUACAAGCGCAUCUCCUCCGUCUCUCAAGUAAACGUCAGUAACUGUCAGCGGGUCCUCUACAUCCGCUACCGGCACCACUACCCCGUCGAGAAUAACGAAUGGGGGGAUUUUCAGACCCACCGGAAAGUCGUGGGUCUCAUAUGCGUCGCUGAAUGCGCUUCCCCCCGAGACCUGCCGCUCGUCUUCCUGAAGUUUGAUCAGAACAAGGAGGCUUAUAGCUCCACGCUGUACGACUCCCGCUUGUUGGUCUUUGGGCUGCAAGAGGAAUUUGCCGACCAGUCCCGCAUAGACGUGGCCUCUUACCCCGACUACGAGGACUGCGAGGCGGUGGAGAAACGCGUGGAGGACUUUAUCGAGUCCCUUUUCAUCGUGCUGGAGUCCAAGCGUCUGGACCGGACCAGCGAGAAAUCCGGAGAGAAGAUUCCGCUUCUGUACGUUCCGUAUGAGAAGAAAGACUUUGUGGGGCUGGAUCCAGAUAGCAGGCACUACAAGAAGCGAUGCCAAGGACGCAUGCGCAAGCACGUAGGGGACCUCAGCCUGCAAGCCGGGAUGCUGCAGGACGCGCUGGUGCAUUAUCACAUGGCCGUGGAGCUGCUGCGGGCGCUCAAUGACUUUGUCUGGCUGGGAGCUGCGUUAGAGGGUCUCUGCUCUGCCUCGGUUAUCCAUCAUUACCCUGGGGGUACGGGCGGCAAGAUUGGGUCUCGAAGACCCCAGAACGCGCCUGUUUCUGCCGAGGCCAGCAAAAGGCACAGACCAGGUGCCCAGGAGGUUCUCAUUGAUCCAGGCGCUCUGUCUACUAACGGCAUAAAUAUGGAUGCCAGCACCGAAAUUGGCCGCGCCAAGAACUGCUUGAGCCCCGAUGACAUCAUAGAAAAGUACAAAGAAGCCAUCUCCUACUAUGGGAAGUCCAAGGCUGCCGGCGUCGUGGAGCUGGAGGCCUGCGUGAAAGCCGUCCGAGUGCUCGCCAUACAGAAAAGGAGCAUGGAGGCGUCCGAGUUCCUGCAGAACGUGGUGUACAUCAACCUGCGCCAGCUGUCGGAGGAGGAGAAGAUCCAGCGGUACAGCGUCCUCUCCGAGCUCUAUGAGCUCAUUGGCUUCCAUCGCAAGUCGGCGUUCUUCAAGCGCGUGGCGGCGAUGCAGUGCGUGGCCCCCAGUAUCCCGGAGCCGGGGUGGAAAGCGUGUUACAAACUGUUACUGGAAACGCUGCCGGGGUACAGCCUGUCUCUCGACCCGAAGGACUUCAGCAAAGGGGCUCACAAGGGGUGGGCUGCUGUCCAGAUGCGUUUGCUUCAUGAGCUGGUGUACGCGUCCCGGAGGAUGGGGAACCCGGCGCUGUGCGUCCGCCACCUGUCCUUCCUUCUGCAGGUCAUGCUGGACUUCCUGUCUGAUCAAGAGAAGAAAGACGUGGCGCAGAGCCUGGAAAGCUACACCUCAAAGUGCCCGGGGAACAUGGAGUGCAUUGUGCUACCCGAGGGCCUGACGUUACCCCCCGUCCCCUUCACCAAACUACCCAUUGUGAGGUCUGUGAAGCUUCUGAACCUCCCCGUCAUCCUGAGGCCGCAGAAAAUCAAAAACCUACUGGGUCAGAAGCUGUCCACCAAGAGUCCCUUCAUCUACUCGCCCAUCAUCGCCCACAGCCGGGGCGAGGAGAAGAACAAGAAAAUAGAUUUCCAGUGGGUGCAGGGCGAUGUCUGCGAGGUUCAGCUGAUGGUCUAUAAUCCCAUGCCCUUUGAGCUGCGAGUGGAGACUAUGGGUCUCCUGACCAGCGGAGUGGAGUUCGAGUCUCUCCCGGCCGCUCUGUCUCUUCCCGCGGAGUCCGGUCUCUACCCCGUUACAUUAGUCGGGGUUCCCAGGACCACCGGCCAGAUCACCGUGAACGGCUACCACACGUCUGUGUUCGGAGUGUAUAGCGACUGCCUGCUGGAGAACCUGCCGGGCGUGAAAAACAAUGGCUGCACGGUUGAUGUGAUUCCCGCUCUGCCGCGGCUACAGAUCAGCACGUCCCUCCCCAGGUCAUCUCACGCCCUGCAGCCGUCGUCGGGGGAUGAAGUGACGACGCACGUCAGCGUCCAGCUCUACAACGGAGAGACGCAAAAACUGAUCAUCAAGCUGGAGAAUAUUGGAACGGAGCCGCUCGAGACGUUUGAGGUCACCUCGAAGAUGGUGAAUAAUAAAGAGAAGCUCUAUGGUGACUUCCUGACCUGGGACCUGCAGCAGACUCUCUCUCAGUUCCCGCUGAAGCCGGGGAAAACGGCAACCUUUACCGUGUUCAUCAAGGUGAAGCUGGACUUCUCGUGCCAAGAAAACCUCCUGCAGGAUCUCAAUGACGACGGCAUCAGUGUCAGCGGCCUCCCGAUUUCCAGCCCCUUCCGACAGGCUGUCAAACCCAGAGCGGAGAGCAAGACCCUCAACCCGCCUGACGGCAGCCGGAGCGAUUUUAGCCACGUGAAGACGCUGGAGAGCAUUUUGAGUUUUAAAUACUCUGGUGGUCCGGGCCACGCCGAGGGGUAUUACCGGAACCUUUCGCUGGGGCUGCACGUCGACGUGGAAUCGGCAGUGGUUUUUACCAGCGUGAGCACCCUGCCUGCAACGAGCACUCGCCAAUGCCACCUCCUACUAGACGUGUUCAACUCGACAGAACACGAAUUAACAAUCAACGCGAAGGACAACGAAGACCUCAUUUUACAUGCCGGCGAAUGUCAACGAAUGGCCAUCCAGGUGGACAAGUUCAACUUCGACGGAAUUUCCGAGCCCGAUGCUGAAAAGCUCGAGUUUGCCAACCAAAAGGAGAUCGAGGAAGAGCGGCACCUCGCGAAGGGUUUGGAGAUCAACAGCAAGCUGGGCAUCCGCUGGAGGAUCCCAUCUCUGAAGCGUGAAGGUGAAGCAAGCGUGGAAGGCGUUUUAAAUCAACUGGUUCUUGAGCAUCUCCAGCUGGCUCCUCUCCAAUGGGAUGUGCUGGUGAAUGGAAAGCCUUGCGAUUGUGAUGUCAUCGCCGAUUGUAAAGUUGGUGAUCCCGUACAGCUAGAAGUAAAGCUGACCAAUCGCAGUGUGAAUGCUGUGGGCCCGUUUGCCCUCACGGUCAUCCCUUUCCAAGAUUACCAGAAUGGCGUCCACAACCAUGAUCUAAAGGAUGUCGUCACCUUCGUUGGAUCCAACACCUUCUUCAUCGGCUGCGUGGAACCCACGGAGAAUUCGGUCUGUAAUGGCGCCUUGCUGUUUCUCUACAACGGGGACUUUUACCUGGACAUCAAAUUUCAAGAUGACAGCUACGACAAAGAACUCCCCCUGUCCUGGUUCUGUCUCCCCAGCGUCCAUAUCCGCGCUGCUGACACAGCUAACGACGCACAACUUUAAAAUAAGUGUCGUGAAUUAUUUGUGUCUGAAACGCUGUUCUGUUUUUUUUGUUAUAUAUUUCUGAUUGUCAAAUAAAUUCCCCCCCAGUUCCCAAAAACA